GAGAGCCAUUGAAGUUCGUGGGCCACCCGUUGUUUCUAUCGGACCGGCCAUUCUUCGUUCGAACAGUCUCCAGCGUCGAGACAAAUAGAACGCUAUCAGUUAGGAGUUCUGCUUGCUUUCGAAACCUGCUCGCAAUUCUGCUUGUAACCGUGAACGCUUGAAGCGAGAAAAAGUGUGAACUUCGAAGAAGAUCGAUAAAGGAGGUGAUUAGCGACAGGCAAAAACCAUGCGUGGCGUGCUAAUCUGAUUUGGAACUGGUAAUUUGGGGAGGAACCAAACAACAGCCGCCAGCGAAGCAUUCAGCCUAAGUUUAGAGAAGAAAGAUUCGGAGUUGUUGAAGAAAGCUCGAAAAUGAAUGGUACCAACGCGACCAUAACUAGCAACGCUAUUAUGACUACCACAAUUGGUACAAACAUCACAAAUAUAACGAGCACUGUGACUCCGCUUAUAACAACCACUGUCAAUAACAUCGCAAAUAAUAUGAGCAAUAUCACCACAAACGGAACAACAGCGCUCUUACCAGGCCCACCAACUUUCCCAAUCUGGUUGAAAAUCGGUUUGGUGAUCGUUGCGGUGCUGACGAUUUUCGGGAACGGGAUUGUCGUGUAUUUUAUCAUCACACGACACCGGUUGCAUACCAAAACCAAUUUCAUGGUCAUUUCGUUAGCAAUCUCGGACCUUUUGGUCGGAAUGUGCAUAAUUCCUUCAUUCUUGGCGUGUAUGUACGUGGAAUGUGAUAAUCUAUUAGCCAAACUGUUCUACGACGCGUUCCUAUUUGUAUCCGUGUGUAAUCUAUGUUGCAUAACAUUCGAUAGGUUCCUAGCGGUUACGCGACCACUAAGGUACCACAUGAAAAUCACACGAAAGGCUGUUUUGAGUAUGAUUAUUGUAAGCUGGAUUGUGCCAAGUAUCGUGUCCUUGGUGCCAGUGACUUGGCUGUAUACUGAUACAAACCCCGAGGACCAAAAAACGGACAACAAGAUUUUCUACACUCUUCAAGUGGUGGUCUUCAUGUUUUGCCCUUGCCUCAUAAUGUUGAUUGCGUACGCAGUCAUCUAUAACAUUGCUUGGAAACAGACGCGGCACAUCAGACAUGUUAUACGAAGCGUCAGUAGUGUUAGCAGUGGGCCAAGAUCUAAUUCGAUACCAACGUCUUCAACAAGGGAAGCGAAAGCGACCUUGAAAGUGUUCGGUGAGUUUUACUUUUGCAUUUCUGUACGUUAAGGCCUUUGUUGUAUUUUUAGCAAUUUUGUAAGCGUUGUUCGUGUACUACGAUGGCUACAAAUAGUAUUAGUUUCGGAGGGAAAAGUGGAAAACAACUACAGGCUACCGUUUAAACAGCUAUCAAAGUUUCUGUGAUCACAGACGCUGUGUUUAACUGUUUAACAGUUCCAUCAAACAUUUCUUACAAAUCCUUCAAAGCGUAGAAAUAUUUCCUACUACUGUGAUCACAUAAACCUUGCCAGUGUAAGCCAGGCGCCGGCUCGAGAAUAUGCUUUGCAAAGAUUCACUGUUGUGUCAUCCAAAAUCAUUGUGUUUCUAUGCAAAUGAAAGGUUAUCGGUUUUCAAAUCCUGAUGGAAAUCCUAGUCUAAAUAUAUUAUUCCAUUGCUGUUCAAUGCACGCUAACCCUGGGUAAAAGUUGACCUGCUGUUUUGGGUUUGAGCACUUCUGCCCGUCGGUUUGUUUUAAAAUUUGGAAAUGGAACUUUUAUUUAUCCAUGGAGUUUUUGAUGAAGAGCUUUGGGUUGAAAGUAGGACCUUGUUGUGUGUGUACACUUAUAGCUAACUGGUAUAAACAUAGAUUGUUGUCGUCAUUGUUGUUAAUUAUGUUGUCGUUGUCGUUGUCGCUGUCGUUGUCGCUGUUGCUGUUGUUGUUGCUGUUGUUGCUGUUGUUGUUGCUGUUGUUGCUGUUGUUGCUGCUGUUGUUGCUGCUGUUGUUGAUGCUUCUAUUGCUGCUGUUGUUGUUGAUGUUUCUAUUUCUGCUGUUGUUGAUGCUUUUGUUGUUGUCGUUGUCGUUGUUGUUGUUGUUGUAGCUGAUAAAUGAAAAAUUAUAAAUUCCUGGAAAAAUUUCCUUCAAGUUCGAUGCCAGACUCAAAUAUUGGAUUGCUAACAGUCACUUAUUGAAUAGUUAAUUAUGCAUUAUUAAAAUGUCUGAUUUUCAAAUUAAGAACAUAUUUUUAACGCUUAAGGCUGAUAUUUCUGUGAUUAUAAUAGGAAUUUUGCAUAGAUAAAUUCUAAGUUUUGAAGAAUUUGUAAGGACUCUUUGAGGAAACUGAUUUAGUGUUACACACUGAGUCAGUUUCUUCAAACAUUUCUUUAUAAUACAAAUCCCCUCAAAACUUUGUACAACAUUCCCGGUGUGGUCACAGAAACUUUGACAGUGUAAGCCAGGUUUAACUUACACAAGGUUUUCUGUGCUAUUUCUGUCAUCUGGCAUUCUUCACUAACUAUGGAUCGAAUUACAAAAAGAGAUCGAACACGUACAGCGAAGAGCACUGAGAAUAAUAAUUCCAUAUAUGUCUUACGAAGAUGCUUUAAGUCAUCUUCAUCUUGAAUCGCUGAGAGAUAGAAGAGAAUUAGUCACUAAAUCGUUCUAUCGCUCCGCAUGUCUUAAAGCAGGACAACAAACUGAAUGACUUGAUUCCUACUGUUGUAAAUUAUACUUACUCUCUUAGGAACCCAAGCUAGAAAUAUCCCAAUGUUUAAAAGUCGAACAAACAGGUUUAAGAACAGUACUAUACCAUAUAGUGUUCAAAAGUGGGACACUGUGCCAUAGUUUUUUACUAAUAUGUCUUAGUUAAAUAGUUCUUAAAUCUCUAAAUUAUCUCAUGACUGUCUUUAAUUAGUUAUUAUUGUAAUUAUUUUAACUUGAGUAUUUCAAAAUUUGUACUAAUUUUGCAAUUCAGGUUUUUUACAAAUAAAUUCAAAAUUCAAAAUUCAUUUUUGAUGGUGCUUUUAAUUUUUCUAGGUACGGUUGUGGUUAUGUUUGUUGCAUGCUGGAGCAUCUCGGCGUUCAGAACUAUUGUAAAUCAGUACGAACUGAUGGAAAUACCGUGGGAUGUGACAAAUGCCUCGAGAUUGUUGUUGGUAGCCAACAGUGCUGUCAAUCCAAUCAUUUACGCUUUAUGGAAGAAAGAUAUCAAAAAUGAGAUUAAGAAACUACUUAAACUCAAUUCACAGUUGGUGCGACCCUCGUCUGCCACAUUCAGGUCGAGCCAAGCGGAAAUGAGUAGAUACGCUUCGCAAUCCUCCAUCGACGGAGAUUCUAAUGGCGCAGACCGAAGGCGAAGCCGAACAAACUCGACUCAAGAACCGAUUCCGAUGCAGAAAACGGAGAAGAAAGUUGAGAAAUCGAAAGACAAACCACUAAAUAAUGGCACUGUUAUUGACAGUCUAACAAGCAUUGAAAAUGUCGAGAUCAAAACAGUCGAAGACAAAGGGACUUCUACAAGACCCGGACAAGCCGUCAGCCUUGGAAUUGACAAUUUGGUCGCUCAGACUGACGGCUUGGUGUAAAACAAAGCUAACUGAACUAUUGCUCCGCUCAUGCACGCUAUAAACGGAAUGAAGCAAUGAAAUUCUGAAGAAUUCUACUCAGAAAUUGAACGAUUGUUACUGAGUGACACAAAUGAACGAGGAGCAAAAUUUGGCUUCCUAGAAGGUAACACAAAAUGCUCCAUGAUUGAAACGGAUGUGUGUCGUAUGCUCUACAGAUUUUCAGCCCCCAAAAAAACCCACACAAAGCACAAAUAUCAAUAAUCCAUCACAACUGGGGGUCGAAAAGACAAUGUGAAGCAAAAAUAGAACACACAUUUGAGCACAAACGCCAAUAAUUUAGGCAAUAAAUCAUAUAAAAUCAUAUGGACCAUAAAAUUUGUUUGAAAAACAUAUCAAGUCUGACUAUAUAAGUAAUGAGUUCAAUGUUGCUUUGCGAUUUCUGGACUAUAUUGACAUGAGUCACAGACACUAAACAGUAUUAAAACUGAGAUAAGGAAGAAACUAUAUGGGGAAUUCACUGAUACUCACGUUGCAUUGGCAGACUCUGGGAGAUGUAGUAUAUGUCCAUCACAUCGAGUCAUCCUUUUCAAUGGCUCCUCCAAACCAGCAAGUUUUCAAUGACAAGUUUUAUUUGCUCGUCUGAAAAGGCAACUUUGCCAAUUCUUGCUAUGACAAGUACAAUUGCUCAAGGGCUAGAUAUGCUAGAUUUUGAACGAGUGUGCUUGUCAUAGAAAAAAUUGGCAAAGUACAAAUAUUGUUCGUCUGUAUGGUCAACACAGAACAUUUGGCAAAGUACUAAUUUGAGCACUGGCAUACUCGGUUGGUCAGCAAUCUAUUGCUGUAAUCAGUUGAUAAUAUCUAUCGAGGCGAUCAGAACCAGAAACGUGUCAUAGAAAAUUUGUUGUACGUACGACGGUGCAAAUGACAAAGAAAACUUGCCAUAUGAAAAUUUGUCAUAGAAAACUUGCUCGUCUGUAAUUGGCUUUAUGAGACAAAAAAGCUUGAAAGUGAACCAUUUGUGUACAAUAGUAAAGUGGCUAUAUCCUCAUGGCCUGUUCUGCCAAGUAGCGAUGUUGUCAGUAAGCCUGAAAAUUUGACUCCAAAGUGAUCAUCUCUUCCCAUUUUUAAAAUUUGUUAAAACAGUAAUUUUUUUAAACUUUUGUAUAUAAUUGAUAUGUACUUAUAGGUUAUAUAAUUUGACUAGAAAUUUGAGUGAAAACAAAUUCACAUUAAUUAAAGUGUUG